UGUUAAUCUAAAAUUAGAAAGGAUGAGGCCAAUUAUAUAAUUUAAUCCGACCAUUUUGGUACAGAAAAGUUUUUAAAUAAGAAUAACACUUUUCAUCAAAAUUCCUUCAAAUCCUAAGCUUCCAAGCAUAAGAGAAGCGGCGAAAUUUGUUAAACUAAAGGAACACGAAGAAUGCCGGCAUGACGGUUGAGUAUUUCACAACUCGGAAUGUUACAACGCUUCUUUAGCCUUCCUCGAGCCUUCUCCCAUCUCACAGGUUCUUUACUUCAAAUGGGGCACCGGAUGUCUUAUUCCACAUAUGCUUCACAUCCCCCACUCUCCGACCUCCAUCAAACCAUGCCCUCAGUACAGUUUAUUUCGUUACAUUCGUGCUGUUAUCUCAUGGGACUUUUUAGGAACAUUCAUACUCUCAUCAAGUUCCAUGGGUUGCUUAUAGUACACGGCCUUAUCGGUAAUCUUCUUUGUGACACGAAGUUGGUUGGUGUUUAUGGCGCACUUGGGGAUGUGAGGUCUGCUCGAAUGGUGUUCGAUCAAAUGCCUGACCCCGAUUUUUAUGCGUGGAAGGUGAUGAUCAGGUGGUAUUUUUUGAAUGACUUGUUUGUGGAUGUUAUUCCAUUCUAUAAUUGCAUGAGAAUGUCUUUUAGAGAAUGCGAUAACAUAAUUUUUUCGAUUAUUUUGAAAGCCUGUAGCGAAUUGCGUGAAAUUGAUGAAGGCAGAAAGGUCCAUUGUCAGAUUGUGAAGGUGGGGGGUCCGGAUAGCUUUGUAAUGACUGGUUUGAUAGAUAUGUAUGGUAAAUGUAGGCAGGUUGAGUGCUCAAGUGCUGUGUUCGAAGAAAUUAUGGAUAAAAAUGUGGUUUCAUGGACUUCAAUGAUUGCGGGAUAUGUACAAAAUAAUUGUGCGGAGGAGGGUCUAGUUUUAUUCAAUCGGAUGAGAGAUGCAUUGGUUGAAAGCAACCCAUUCACUUUAGGAAGCAUAAUAAAUGCGUGUACAAAAUUAAGAGCUUUACAUCAAGGGAAAUGGGUGCAUGGCUAUGCCAUUAAGAACAUUGUUGAAUUUAGCUCUUUCUUGGCGACUACUUUUUUGGACAUGUAUGUUAAAUGUGGGCAAACUAGAGAUGCUCGCAUGAUAUUUGAUGAACUACCUACUAUUGAUCUUGUUUCAUGGACUGCAAUGAUUGUUGGAUAUACCCAAGCUAGCCAACCUAACGAUGGAUUGAGGCUCUUUGCUGAUGAAAUAAGGUCAGAUCUCUUACCUAAUUCUGUCACUGCUGCAAGUGUUCUUUCAGCGUGUUCGGUUUCUGGUAAUUUGAAUUUAGGAAUGUCAGUUCAUGGACUUGGGAUAAAACUUGGGCUGGAAGAGUGUGCAGUGAAGAAUGCUCUUAUUGACAUGUAUGCUAAAUGCCAUAAGAUUGGCGAUGCUUAUGUUAUAUUUCAUGGGGUUUUGGAAAAAGAUGUGAUUACUUGGAACUCUAUGAUAUCUGGGUAUGCUCAGAGUGGAUCUGCUUAUGAUGCCCUCCGUCUCUUUAAUCAAAUGAGAUCAUACUCCCUUGCACCUGAUGCAAUAACACUGGUGAGCACCCUUUCAGCAUCUGCCACCCUAGGUGCUGUACAGGUCGGUUCAUCACUUCAUGCUUAUUCGGUUAAAGAAGGCUUAUUUUCUAAUCUUUACAUUGGCACUGCACUUUUGAACUUUUAUGCUAAAUGCGGUGAUGCUAAAUCAGCACGAACUGUGUUCGACAGUAUGGGAGAUAAGAAUAUUAUCACGUGGAGUGCAAUGAUAGGUGGUUAUGGAGUGCAGGGCGAUGGAAGCGGAUCCCUUUCUAUUUUCUCUGACAUGUUGAAGGAGGAUUUGAAACCCAAUGAAGUAAUUUUUACCACAAUAUUAUCUGCUUGUAGCUCUUCGGGAAUGGUUGAAGAGGGAUGGAGGUAUUUCAAAUCUAUGAUUCAGGAUUAUAACUUUGUUCCUUCCAUGAAACAUUAUGCCUGUAUGGUUGAUCUUUUAGCCCGAUCAGGUAGACUGGAUGAAGCAUUGGACUUCAUUAAGAAAAUGCCAGUUCAACCAGACGUUAGUUUGUAUGGAGCUUUCCUUCAUGGAUGUGGAUUAUACUCGAGGUUCGAUCUCGGAGAAGUCGUAGUCAGGGAAAUGCUACAGCUACAUCCAAAUGAAGCUUGCUAUUAUGUGCUCUUAUCUAACCUUUAUGCUUCAGAUGGGAAAUGGGGUCAAGUUAAUGAGGUGAGAGAUUUGAUGCUGCAGAGAGGUUUGAACAAAGUCCCAGGGUAUAGCCUAGUAGAAAGUAAUGCAGGUGUGCUAUUUCAUUAGCUGAAGCCACUUGUGUGGCUCAUAUCACUACAAGAAAUGGGACUUUUAAUAGCCCUUGAAGCCCAUUUUAAAUUGGGCUAUUGAAAAGAAAAAAAAAACAAAAAGUGGGAAAUAGAAAAGAACCAUUAUCCUGUCUAAAUAUUUUCCCUUUAGAGCCCUUUCACGAUUUCUCAUCUUCUUUUGCUCAAGCAAACGCGCGCAACAUACACCCUCAAAAUGACGAUUUCUCAUCUCUUUUGCUGCGAUACCCUCCCUCUCACGACUGCCGUUCAACCGACGAUGAGGAGACUUUCAUCUCUGUCCAUUGUCUCUCUGUUCGUCAUCUCUUUGUUUGUUGUCUCUGUUCCUCGUCGUCUCUACAAGGCAACUCACCGUCGUCCACAUGGGUUUUGCUUAGGGUUUUUCGUCUACCAGCUUGUCUCUCUAUUGCUAUUAGACACUUGAAGCUAAUGAUUCGAGAUCUUAAGUUCCACAUCCUUUGCUGACCUCCGUUUGUCUCCAACGACCUCUGCUGACUAUCUCUUUGCAUCAACAACAAGUUCUCGGGUUUCCAUGUAAGCCGGUUUCGUGUUUAUUAGUUUCAAUAUGGUAUCAGAGAGAAGUAACAACGAAACCCUAGAAAAAAGUUUAGGAAACACCCAGUCCAAAACAGAAGCUGCCGUUGCCAUGGAAAAACUACUCCAACAGAUUCAGUUGCCGUCGAUCUAUCCAAUGCGCCAACCCUUGCCGCCGUUCGCGCAACCUUCCGGCUAAAAACCACUUCAUGCAUCGCUGUCUGUUAAUCUCACUGUCCAUCCCAUUCGUUUCUAUGCGCCGUCGCUUGUCCAACCGUCUCACCCUUCCGGUCAUUCGCCGCCACACGUGCCCGCCCAUUGCCGCCGGACAACAACCUUCAAAACUGUAAAAUCUUUACAGCAAUGCAAAUCUGUUCGUCGACCCUUUAUAGCAACCUUUCUUCUAUAGGAAUGGGGCUGACCAACGCCGUAACAGAUCGGGGAUUGAAGCGGACGAGUCAUCGGUACCUCAGGUUAUGGACACCAUAUGUUUGUGGUCUCGGGAUUAACCAAACCUACAGGAGAGUUGUUUUUGAAGUUGGAGCAUCCUUGGCACUGACCAAUCUACCGAUGUAUUCCAAGAACCUGGUAAUUUCGCUUCCUAAUGUGCCUUCAAAUUAUAUAACUAACUUUGCUGCCUUUAGUGCUCGAUCCUUGACCCUUGAUAAUGAAAAGAAUAAUGGGAAACCAAUUCUCGUUUGUGAGCACUGCAAGAAACAAUGGUAUACCAAGGAUCAGUGUUGGAAACUCCACAAUCGGCCCCCAAGAGGUAACAAACGUUCCUCCAACGAGCAACAAAACUUUGGGCAUAUCAAUGUUAGGGAGAUUGCCAGUACUCUCUGCCAACUGGCCCUACUGCUAGCCAGACCAGUUCUCUUACUCUAAGCGCCAUUGCUCAGUCAGAUUGAGGUUAGAACGGAAAUCAGUAACAAUGAAGCUGAACCAGGUCAUGCAGAGAAACUUGACAAGUAUGAUCCCUUUCUUGAUCUUCCUAUUACACUGAGAAAAGAUACUAGGUCCUGUACAAAGCACUCCAUAUCUAAUUAUGCAGGCUCCUUAUGAGGAACGCAUGAAAGUUGUCAAAAGAAUUCUGGGAUAAAAACGACACAUGGUAAAGGGUUGAUAUUUAAAAAGACAAACAUAAAAACCAUUGAGACAUAUAUUGACUCGGAUUGGGCAGGAUCUAUUGUUGGCAGAAAGUCUACCUUCGGUUAUUGUACCUUUGUUUGGGGCAAUCUUGUAACUUGGAGGAGUAAGAAGCAAAAUGUUGUGGUUAGGAGCAGUGCUGAGGUCGAAUAUAGAGCUGUGAGUUUGAGAAUAUGCGAGGAAAUUUAGCUCCAUAAAGUUUUAUUUGAUCUUCAUGAAGAAUGUGAGACUCCAUUGAAGUUUUUUUGUGAUAAUAAAACCGCUAUUUGUAUUGCUAACAACCCAGUUCAGCAUGAUAGAACUAAACAUGUUGAGAUUGAUUGACAUUUCAUCAAAGAAAGACUUGACAGUGGGAGCAUUUGCAUUCUGUACAUCCCUUUGAGUCGACAGGUUGCUGAUGUCUUCACCAAGGGGCUUCUCAGGCCAAACUUCGACUUUUGUGUUAGCAAGUUGGGCCUCAUUGGUAUUUACGUCCCAACUUGAGGGGGAGUGUUAGAAUUAGUGGGUUUAGCCCAUUUGGGAGAUUUAUCCUAAAUAUUCUUUUCUUUUUUUAUCUCUUUGUACUUUUCUAUUUGUUCCCUCUUGUACCUAUUGUAUGAUUAUCAGAAAAUAAUAAAACUAAAAACAUCGUGGUUUUUCUCC